AUGAUAUUCACCGCCGCCUUUGUGACGCUGGCGCUGCUUAGUGGCGCCAAUGCAACAGACCGGAUCAGGUGGCGUAACGCCGGUCCCGGAGACAGCCGUCGCUGGGUGGUCACUUGCAACGGUUCGCCAUACGGAGGCUCGCGCAUCGGGACGACCUUCGGACUCUCGCACGACUAUGCCAAAUACUGCUCGAUGGACUGGACCGUUUCAAAGGACAAGAUCGGGCAGCUCUACACUGGCGGCAGGCCCGAGCCUUGGUCCGGCAAGAAGUUGUGCAUGGACGCAACUAGCAGUGAGUCCGCGCUACCCUGUUCCUUCAUGGUGGAUCAGCUGACCCCAGACCCCGGUAAUGGUGCGCUACCCCAUAUCUGGGACUGCUACGACGGACUCGACGUGCAGCAGUGGGUAUACCACUCUGACGGACACAUCGAGCUCGGGUGCACCGGUUACUGCCUCGAUGUCAAGGAUGGAUACAAUGGCGAUGACGCCUUCCGCCACUCCGUGAUCCAACUCUGGGACUGUAUCCCCGGUAGCACAAACCAGCUCUUCGACCUUGUUCCUGACUCGUCAUAUCAGCCGGGGCAGUAA